UUAAGCGUAUUACGAGCACACGGCCGAUACAGGCGACACUGGUCGGCUCUAAUCUAGUCGCGGGGCGAUGAUACGAUCCCGGCCAAUUGAACGGUUCAAUCGUACUCGUCGGUCGAUCCUCGAGCUUGAUUUGAAGGCAUUUUAAUUAGCGUCGCUUCGGUCGGAAGCCUGCACGUUCGCCACGUUAACAAGUCCAGUCGGUUUGAGCGUGCUCGCUAAACAACUCGGCAUCGAAAUGGAUUCGUCGUUGAGUACUCUGUACAAGCUGUACAAUAUGAAGUCCUGGAAGUUCGGCAGUCUGCUGAAGGCGUUCGUCCGGAAGAAGGACAUCGGCCCCAGCCAGGACACGAAGCUCGCGAGGUGUCUGUCCACGCUGGACCUGACAGCGCUGGGAAUCGGCUCGACCCUCGGCGUCGGUGUCUACGUCCUUGCCGGGUCGGUCUCGAAAACGACGGCUGGGCCGGCGGUGGUCGUCUCGUUCGCUAUCGCCGCGAUAGCGUCCAUGUUCGCAGGUCUCUGUUACGCGGAAUUCGGGGCGAGAGUGCCGCGCGCCGGAUCGGCGUACGUCUACAGCUACGUGACCAUGGGCGAGUUCACGGCCUUCUUGAUCGGCUGGACGCUGAUCCUGGAGUACGUGAUCGGCUCGGCGAGCGUGGUGCGCGGGCUGAGCACCUACGUGGACGCGCUGUUCAACAACUCGAUGAGGAACGCGUUCGAGUCGGCUGCGCACAUGGACGUCAGCCACCUGUCAUCCUACCCGGACUUCUUCGCCUUCGGGGUGACCCUGAUCUUCUCCGCGGCGCUGGCCUUCGGCGCGAAGGAGUCCUCCGUGGCGAACAACUUCUUCACCCUGGUGAACCUGCUGGUGGUCUUGUUCGUGAUCAUCGCUGGAUCGCUGAAAGCUGACGUGAACAAUUGGAAAACGACGCCUCCGUGCACGGAGGACAGCUGCGACUACGGGAGCGGAGGAUUCGCGCCGUACGGCGUCGCGGGCAUCAUAACGGGCGCCGCGACGUGCUUCUACGGGUUCAUCGGCUUCGACUGCGUCGCCACCACCGGCGAGGAGGCGAAGGAGCCGCAGAAGUCCAUCCCCAUAGCGAUCGUCGCCUCUCUGACCGUCGUCUUCUUGGCGUACUUCGGCGUCUCCACGGUGCUGACCACCGUCCUCCCCUACUACGAGCAGAACCCGGACGCGCCGUUCCCCUACUUGUUCGAGAAGAUCGGCUGGAGCUGGGCGAAGUGGGUCGUCACCAUAGGUGCCAUCUGCGGCCUGUGCUCCAGCCUGUUAGGCGCCAUGUUCCCGCUGCCGCGAGUCAUCUACGCGAUGGCGUCCGACGGCCUGAUAUUCGAGUGGAUGGGGAGGAUCAGCUCGCGGUUCCACACUCCUCUCAUGGGCACCUUCUCCGCGGGACUGCUCACAGGUGUGCUGGCUGCGAUAUUCGAGCUGACGCAGCUCGUUAACAUGAUGAGCAUCGGGACCUUGCUCGCCUACUCGAUCGUCGCCACCUGCGUGCUGAUACUCCGGUACGAGGAGAGCGAGGCGUACGAGAAGAAGGAGGACCGCGACCCGAGGACGGUGGCGUUCGUCCUGAAGCAGCUGAUCAACGCCAACGGGCUGAAACACGCGACGAGGUCGACGUCGCGAAUCGUCACGUACCUGGUCGUUUGCUACCUUGUCCUGAGCAUUUGCAUCGGCGUGAUAUUCGCGUUCUACUCCGACCACGUCGCGAAGGGAACGCCCGCAGUCGUCGUGCCCCUGACGGUCCUGGUGGCCGCUCUGUUACUCGUCCUCCAGUUCAUCUACAAGCAGCCGACUUCCGGGAAGAAGCUAGCCUUCUCGGUUCCGUUGGUGCCCUUUUUGCCCGCGCUCAGCAUCAUCAUCAACGUGUACUUGAUGCUGAUGCUGGACAUCAUGACGUGGGUGCGGUUCCUGAUAUGGAUGCUAGUAGGACUUAGCAUAUACUUCUGUUACGGCGUUCGGCACAGCAAGAUGAGACAGAGGAAACACGCGAAGGCCGAGAACGACGGUAACGAGGAGUCGUGGAAAACCGAGGGAUUCUCCAAAUUAACGUGAUACACCCUUCUCGCAUUUUAUAUUUUCAUUAAUAAAAAUUCCCGAGGACUGUUUGUACAUCACGUUGCAUCGAUAGGCGGAGUGCAUUGGAAACUAGUGUACCUUACCGUUAUAUUUUUAUAUUACUAUGUAUAUAUGUAUAUGAUUCGCUUUAGACUUUAGAGAGCGAACAGAGAUUUGAGAUCGUUGAGGCUCAGCUUCGAGACCACCGAGUUCUUGUCGCCGCUCAGGACGUUCUGCGCUAUCUCCAUCUUCUUCUCCUGCAGGCGUUUGAUGCGCUCCUCGAUCGUGUCCUUGCAGAUGAACCUGCAGAAUAAAUUAUCCCUUGUAACUCGAGUCUCGUUAGCCUCGUGAUAGAAUUAUCGCCGCACUAACUUGUAUAUAUAGACAUUCUUCGUUUGGCCGAAGCGGUAAAUCCUGUCCUGCGCCUGCACCUCCAACUGCGGAUUCCAGUGGAUGUCGAUCAACAGCAGAUGAUUGCCACCGACGAGGUUCAAUCCGACGCCUCCCGCGGUGAGCGACAGUAGCAGUAUCCUUGGGUCGGACUCCGGCUCGUUGAAGGCGUCCAUUAUACCCUAGAAAGUUCCCUAACGCGAAUUAGAUCCCAAAGUAUCCAUCGCACACCGAGAACCGAUAAUUAAUGAGAAAUACCUGUCUCUCCUUGAUCGGCACGUUGCCAGUGAACAUGUUGAAGCUGGCGCCCUUUAGCGAAGGCAAAUAGGAUGCAACGAUGUUCAACAUACUUGUCCACUGCGAGACGAUUAUCAGUUUGUCGCCUUUUUGUAAAAUAUCCUUCACUGUGCCGAGCACUGCUUUCAUCUGCGUGCAGACAUCAUGUAAUAAUCACAUAAUACUGGAACGAUUGUCUUCCCAUAUUUUGUAAAAUGAC